AUGUCGGGUUUCUGCGGCCAGAGGUCAUGUGGUGGCGGGGGCUUUGGAGCCUAUUCCACCUACCAUAGGGUGAGAGGCCAGAUUAUUUUAGGAUCCCCAUAUGAAGUGUAUGAUCGAUUACUGGUUGGCCUGAGUGUGGAGGACAAGAGCAUAUCAGGACUACAGCAGCGUGUCAACAUCACCAUCAACCUUACCAAGGAAAUAAAUGAAACCCAGAAACCCUCGUGCCACUUCUUUAACUUCACAACACGCAAUUUUAGUGAGAAUGGCUGCAUUACCCUAUGGACACGUGGUCAGAAUAAUGUCACCUGUUCCUGUGACCAUCUCACAUACUUUGCUGUGCUCAUGGUUCCUGCUUUCCCAUCACCUAAAGACCAGAAGAUUUUAACAUACAUCACUCUGAUUGGCUGCAGUCUCUCUCUUUUUACCUUGGUCAUCGCUGUUUUGCUCUUCAUCACAAAUAGAAAAGUCAGAGAAGAUGUUUCUAUGAGGGUCCACAUCAACCUCGUGAUUGCCCUGAUCCUCCUCAACCUGCACUUCCUGCUAAGUUCCACAGUGGCAGCAGUGUCCUCCACUGGGGUCUGUUUAUACAUGGCUCUUGCCCUUCACUACUCUCUAUUGGCCACUUUCUUCUGGAUGGCCUUGGAGGGAUUCCACCUCUACCUUCUCUUAGUCAAAGUCUUCAACAUCUAC